GCCAGGCUGCCCGUGAAGGCGCCCUGCCCUGCGGGGGGAGGUGCCACUGCGCGGAGGCGGACCCCCAGAGCCAAGGAACCCCCAGGGCAGGCAUUCGGGCUGUCCUCAAAGCAGGACUGCCCGCAGGAGCGUGCAACUUCAGAAGUGUGUUGCGUCCGGGAGGGCAGGCCCUGGUACCCAAGGAGACCCCUCAGAGGCCCGAAGGGACACAGGGCAAGCAUUUGGGCUCCCCGAAGGCAGGGCUAACUGCAAGGGCGGGGAGACUCCCAGUUGGGGUCAGCAGUGCUCAGACCGUCCACACUGGCAUCCUGAGGGCCAGCGGACGUGGGCUGCAGAAGCCUGUGACCCCUUGGACUCUGCCAGGAACACUGAGCUUCUGUCCCUGGUGGGCCAAGGGAGGCUGGCUUUAUGCCGAGCACCCCCCACCCCCCGGUCCCCUCAGAAGAUAGGUAAUCCUAGGAAUUCCCAGGGCCACAGGCUGCCCCAUGAGGCUCUGGGUCCAGUAGAGGUCUGUCCCAGUGACCCUGUUCUCCUCCUGCAGAGCACCUGGUGAACGGGAGGAUGGACUUUGCCUUCCCGGGCAGUGCCAACUCCCUGCCCAGGGUGACUGUGGCCAACGCCACCUACGGCACCCACCUGAGCCCACAACUGUCCCACCGGGUGCUGAGCACGUCCUCCACCCUCACGCGGAACUACCACUCGCUGACCCGCACAGAACACUCAGUCUCUGCCACGCUGCCCAGAGACUACCCCACCGUCACCUCUGUCUCCUCCCACAACUCCCGCUUGGCUGCCGGUGUGCCCAACACGCCCACCCGCCUGGUCUUCUCAGCGCUGGGACCCACGUCUCUGAAAGUGAGCUGGCAGGAGCCGCGGUGUGAGCAGGCGCUGCAGGGCUACAGCGUGGAGUACCAGCUGCUGAACGGCGGGGAGCUGUAUCGGCUCAACAUCCCCAACCCCAGCCAGACUUCAGUGGUGGUGGAAGACCUUCUGCCCAACCAUUCCUAUGUGUUCCGUGUGCGGGCCCAGAGCCAGGAAGGCUGGGGCCCAGAGCGUGAGGGCAUCAUCACCAUUGAGUCGCAGGUGCACCCCCAGAGUCCGCUCUGCCCCCUGCCAGGCUCCACCUUCACCUUGAGCACACCCAGCGCCCCGGGCCCGCUGGUGUUUACCGCCCUGAGCCCAGACUCGCUGCAGUUGAGCUGGGAGCGGCCACGCAGGCCCGAGGGGAACAUCCUUGGCUACCUGGUGACCUGUGAGCUGGCCCAUGGAGGAGAGCCAGCCACCACGUUCCUGGUGGAUGGUGACAGUCCUGAGAGCCGCCUGACCGUGCCAGGCCUCAGUGAGAACGUGCCCUACAAGUUCAAGGUGCAGGCCAAGACCACGGAAGGUUAUGGGCCAGAGCGUGAAGGCAUCAUCACCAUCGAGUCCCAGGAUGGAGGCCCUUUCCCACAACUCGGCAGCCAUCCUGGGCUCUUGCAGCACUCACUGCCAGGCGAAUAUAGCAGCGUCACCACCACCCACACCAGCACCACCGAGCCCUUCCUCCUGGAUGGACUGACCCUGGGGUCCCAACACCUGGAAGCAAGUGGCUCCCUCACCCGCCACGUGACCCAGGAGUUUGUGAGCCGGACGCUGACCACCAGUGGAACCCUCAGUACCCAGGUGGACCAACAGUUCUUCCAGACCUGAGCCCCCCACCCUUACCCAACAGUGUGCUGGAACCUGGGCCCCCACCCUGCCUCCUCUCCCUGGCUGUGGCUCAGCUACUCCAUCCUUGGACCCCUCGCAGCCCGGCACACGCGCAUCCUGAUCACAGGGCCAGUACGUCUGGCUACAGAGCAGAGGGAAGGUGUCCUCUGGGAGGAAUGAAGGGAGCAGAGGUCCCAGAAGGCCCUUCUGGCUGCAAGUCCCCUACCCCAGGCCCAAGCCCAUCUGUGUGUAACCAAAGAGCUGGGAGAGCAUGACAAGGGCCCAGCUUUGUUCUGCACUUAAUAGAAGAUUUUGCUACCGCUCG